AAGCUUCCCGUAAAACUCCAAGGCUGCGAAGUGAGGCGAUGUUUUCACAGAUACGCGCUCGGCUAAAAGCCUGGGUGUUUCAAGUGUGGUGAGAGUCUGAAUGAACUGUAGGCCGGGGGACUGAUGCAAAGGCAUAGCGGAGGAAUGAUUGGAAACAGCCUCUCCCUGUGCUACCACAAUAAGCUCAUCUUAGCCCCCAUGGUUCGGGUGGGGACUCUACCAAUGCGACUCCUGGCCCUGGAUUACGGAGCAGACAUUGUUUACUGUGAGGAGCUGAUUGACCUCAAGAUGCUCCAGUGCAAGCGGGUGGUAAAUGAGGUGCUCAACACAGUGGACUUCGUUGCUCCUGAUGACAGAGUAGUUUUCCGUACAUGUGAAAGAGAAAAGAACAAGGUGGUUUUCCAGAUGGGGACUUCAGACGCAGAGAGAGCCCUUGCUGUGGCCAGGCUUGUAGAAAAUGAUGUAGCUGGCAUUGAUGUCAACAUGGGCUGUCCAAAAGAAUAUUCCACUAAGGGAGGAAUGGGAGCUGCUCUAUUGUCAGACCCUGACAAGAUUGAGAAGAUUCUCAGCACUCUUGUUAAAGGAACACACAGACCUGUGACUUGUAAAAUCCGAAUCCUGCCAUCGCUAGAAGACACCCUGAACCUUGUGAAGCGGAUAGAGAGGACUGGCAUUUCAGCCAUUGCAGUUCAUGGGAGGAACCGAGAGGAACGACCUCAGCACCCUGUCAGCUGUGAAGCUAUACGAGCCAUUGCCGAAACCCUCUCCAUUCCUGUCAUAGCCAAUGGAGGAUCUCAUGAUCACAUCCAGCAAUAUUUGGACAUAGAGGACUUUCGCCAAGCCACAGCCGCCUCUUCAGUGAUGGUGGCUCGAGCAGCCAUGUGGAACCCCUCCAUCUUCCUCAAGGAUGGCCUUCGUCCCCUGGAGGAAGUCAUGCAGAAGUACCUUAGAUAUGCGAUGCAGUAUGAUAACCACUACACCAACACCAAAUACUGCUUGUGCCAGAUGCUGCGGGAACAGCUGGAGUCGCCCCAAGGAAGGUUGCUCCAUGCUGCCCAGUCUUCCCAGGAAAUUUGUGAGGCCUUUGGCUUUGGUGCCUUCUAUGAGGAGACCAUUCGGAAGCUAGAUGCCCGGCGAGCUGACCUCUUGGCUAAGACUCCAGAGGCAGUUGAGGAACCCACUGAAGACACAUCUGGCAUCAUUAAGAUGGCUAUCAGAUUUGACAGGAGAGCAUACCCACCCCAAAUUACCCCCAAGAUGUGCCUACUGGAAUGGUGCCGGAGAGAGAAGUUGCCACAGCCCGUGUAUGAAACAGUUCAGCGGCCCGUAGAUCGCAUGUUCUGCUCUGUCGUCACUGUUGCGGAGCAAAGGUACCAGUCCACGUUGUGGGACAAGUCCAAGAAACUGGCGGAGCAGACUGCAGCCAUCGUCUGUCUGCGGAGUCAGGGCCUCCCUGAGGGUCGACUGGGUGAGGAGAACCCCUCCUUGAACAAGCGAAAGCGAGAGGCCCCUGAUCAAGAUCUUGGGGGUCCCAGAGUUCAGGAGCCAGUACUACCUGGGGAGAUAUGCAAGAAGCCAUUUGUAACCCUGGGAAGUAGUGAAGAUAAUCUCCUGGAAGGCUGUUGACUGUCCCUGUCACCAGUGUGGGGGACUGAUGUGAAAGUGGUUUGGGUGUUGGGGCCUAAGCCACAUUCCACUGGACAGUUUUCUGGCCCUCGCCAUUGCAGACGUUAGAGGUCCUGACCCCGUCCAUCAGUCUGAAACAAGUGCCAAGGGCUGUCCAGCGGUAAUCCUAUCUCCUCUCAUAGGUCUGAAUGGCUAAGCCAAGUUCCCAGUGACCUGAAUGUUUUUUUGAAAGCAAGGUUUUCAGGCCGCACCUCUAACUUGACAUUGGUACUGUGCAAUAAAGAUAGCCUGACUUUCACCCAUGGCCAACUGCGUCAGCCUUGGACUACAUCCUGGCAUAAUUACUGUUUCUACCCUCUGAAGAGCUGCCGAGUUCCAAAGCAUGCCUCUUGCAUGUAGGGAAAGACUGGACCUUUGGGGUCCACUGGAUUUUGGUGAAAGCAAGAAAGGACCAAAAAAGCCAUUUUAACGGUGGGAAACCUAGGCGUUAACCAUCAGUUGACUUUGCCGACGAGAAGUUCUGUGUAAUCCAGAAAAACAAGGGUAUCUGAUACCCCAGUAAAGGGCCAGCGUAGUAGAGUUGGGGUGGGAGUAAAGGCCACAGAGUCUCCUUUGUGCCUUACAAUUAAUUCGGGCUCAGACCUGAUGAAGUGCCUGCUCUGUACAGGGGACACCUGGGGCUGUCAUGGUAGCAAUUUGGCUUUGGGGAAAUGCAGCAUUCACAGAUCACACACUGUCACUUUCCCCACCCCAGCUCCACUUGAGGUGGAAGGAAGUGGCAGAUUCUCUUUAAUUUCCUCCUGGCAGUGAGAAGCAAACAAACAGCUACCACCACAUUUACUGGGGCCUCCCCACUCCCCUCCUGGGAGGGGUGGCCUGACCAAAGGUCUCUACCCUGCCCCACCCCACUUCCUCUGCUGUAAACAGGCUGUGUGACCUUCCUUUUGCCAGGCUGUAUGGGGGGAGAAUUCCCUUCUAAACCAAACCUGUCUUUCUCCCAAGUCCCCUGGGACAGUCUCAUGGUCCUGUGCCAGCCGGCAGCCCCUGGCCCUGCCUGUCUCUGAAUCCAAAGGUUUAGUGACUUAGGCUGUGCCUGUUUCCAUGGACACCCACCCUUGCUCUUCUUUGUUAGAUAAGGAUGCCAUGCUCCCAGAGGCCUCUCAGAGCCCCUUGCAUUUUGACCUUGGGUAACUCAUUUCUAGUAAUCAGCCUCAUAGUGGGAGAAUUGUCCUCUGCUUAUGUGGAGCUGACCUGGGAUAGGGUACUAUGUGGUAUGUUUCUGCUUGCUGAGAGACUGCUCUAACUUUUCAUCCUAAGGCUGUCAGAGUAUGAGCCCCACUAAGGGGAAAGAUAGUCUUGGUCUGAUCUCAGCCAUCAAGAUUUAGAAAGUUUGUAUCCAGAUUUAUUUGUUUCUACUAAACCUGGCUUAAAAUUCCCCCUUUACUUUUCCUCCUACUUAAGAGACUGGCAGUAGGAAGACCAAGGCCACAGAGGACCACUUCCUUCAAGCAUGCUGGAGGAUGAUUCUGGGGACAGGGCGUCAAGUGCAGUCUAAGUGGUCCUGGGUACUGAUAUCAAGCCUCUUGUACUAUUAGUGCGGUUUUCCUGGGGAAACCCCUACCUUGGCAAGGUCAGAUUAAUUUUCUCUGCUACAGGAAGCAGAGACAAGAGUAGAGUGCUGUUAAGAUUCAGGUUGCCCUGAGUGGGGGUGGGGAGGUGGGUGGAGCUCCGAGGACCCUGGGGAGAGGGGUUGGUUAGAAUGUGUCCAGUGAUGGGGAUACCUGGUGAAGAUCCUGGAUGAAUGUGUUGGUCCUCAUCCUCAAACCAUUUCUUCAUUAGUAUUAUCAUAUUUCAGUGACGUCCACCUUGGACUCAGUGAGCUGCCCAAGAUCUGGGACUGACUGAGAGGCCCAGUCAAGCCUGGAGCUGUGGUCUUCUAGUCUACCCUUAGCAUAAUUCACCUAAGAGUUCCCAGCCAGUUGGGCAGUUGUGGGGCACACCGUUAAUUUCAGGACUCCAGAGGCAGACAGACAGAUCUCUGAUUCAGAGGUCAGCCUGGUCCACAGAGCGAUUUUCAGGACAAGCUCCAAAGCCAUAGCGAUACCCUGUCUCGGAAAAGGAAAAAAAAAAAAAACAAAACUAAACUAAAAAGGACUUUCCAACCCCUUCCUAGGCUAGUAGUGGUUUCCACCCCUCCAUGUCCUUUAUUGAAGCACUCUCCUUAGCUUAUCACAUUAGGGGGGCUUUUUGUUUUCUUUUGUUUUGCAAUCCAAGCUAGCCUGUAUUAAUUUAUAUGUAUUUAUUAUGUAUUUACUUAUUGCUUAUCACUCUGUGUGCAUGUGGAUACAUCUGGAUAUCAAGAGGAUGACUUUAUGAAAUCAUAUAUCUUUAUGUGGUUUUCAGGGAUCAAACUCAAUCAGGCUUGUAUGGCAGGUGCCAUCUUGUUAGCCCCUUGUACCGAUUUUCUUUUUAGGGUUUAUUUUUACUUCCAGCUGGGGAUUGAAUCCAGAGGUUGGUAAGUGCCAGGAAGCAGUCUUGUAACUGACUGUCUUAGGGUUUCUAGUGCUACGAUGAAAUGUCAGGACCAAAAAGCAAGCUGGGGAGGAAGGGGCUUAUUUGGCUUACACUUCCAUACUGCUUUUCAUCACUGAAGGAAGUCAGGAUUCA